AUGGGAUCACGUUUGUUGCAAAAUGUUUGUUCAGCACUCACCCUUGAUAUUCGGAAGCGCUUUCUGUGGACGGACUCGGCAACAGUUCUGGCAUGGCUUCGCUCGGAUAGUCGCCGAUAUCACCAGUUUGUUUCAUUUCGGGUAGGGGAGAUUCUUUCGCUCACCAGCGUGGAUGAAUGGUACUAUGUACCAUCGAAGUACAACGUGGCAGACGAUGCCACUAAGUGGAAUUCGGGACCAUCGUUUGAUCCAGGAAGCCGUUGGUUCGAAGGUCCACAAUUUUUACGAGAACCGAAAGAAAUGUGGCCUAGGCAGUCAGUAGUUGUGAAUGGAGCGGAUGCAGCAAGCGAAGAACUUCGAGUGGUAGCGGUACACCAAACAACUGAAGAAAUCAUCAACGUCGAACGCUUUUCAAAGUGGAAUCGCUUAGUCCGAACUUUGGCUUAUGUUUACCUGGCCGUGAGAAUCUGGAGAAGAACCCUCGGCGAAAGAGAUGCACGGCACGUUCUGAAUCAGGAUGAUUUUGUGAAGGCAAAAGACACGCUUUGGCGCCAGGCACAGGCACAGGGAUAUUCGGAGGAGUUUCAUAGGCUGAAAAGCGAACGCGGCAUUGAAAAGGGAAGUCCGUUGCAGUCGUUGGCUCCAUUUUUGGAUGAACGCGGAGUCAUUCGGAUAGGAGGUCGAAUCGGGAACGCCCCGACCAUCCCCUUCGCAGUGAAAUAUCCCAUAGUACUACCUAGAGAACAUCGUAUCACCUUGCUUUUGGGUCAUUCUUUCCACGAACGGUUCCUGCAUGCCAACGGGGAAGCAGUCUGCAAUGAAAUAAGACAGAAGUUUUAUAUACCAAAACUUCGAGUUCUCGUACGGAAAGUCAGCCGAAGUUGUCAGCACUGCAAGGUGAAAAAAGCGACUCCCGUUCCUCCGCUGAUGGGCCCGCUACCGAAGGUACGUCUAACACCAUUCAUCCGACCGUUUACUUACGUUGGUGUUGAUUACAUGGGUCCGUUCGAAGUCAAAGUCGGCCGCAGUGUUGUGAAAAGGUGGAUUUGCUUAUUCACCUGCCUCACAAUACGGGCUAUUCAUCUGGAGUUGGCCCACAGUCUCUCAUCAAACGCGUGCGUGAUGGCUUUCCGGAGAUUUGUUGCCAGACGUGGUGCUCCACUAGAAGUGUUCUCCGACAAUGGCACGAAUUUUGUGGGAGCCAAUCGUCAGUUGUCAGAGGAGAAGCAGAAAAUACAAAACAUCGUUGAGGACUGUGCCGCCACAUUCACCAACGCGAAUACCCAGUGGCACUUCAACGUUCCAGCAGCUCCACACAUGGGAGGACCGUGGGAGCGUAUGGUCAAGUCCGUGAAAGUGGCGAUGAAAGCAAUAUCGGGAAGUCCACGAAAUCCAAGUGAUGAGGUGUUGGAAACGAUAAUGUUGGAGGCUGAAGCGAUUAUUAACUCGCGACCGUUGACCUACGUUCCCCUGGAUAUGGAAGACGAUGAGGCACUGACGCCAAAUCACUUUUUGCUGUGUGGAUCAACCGGCAUCAAGCAACCAGUCGCCAAUCCUGUGAGUGGAAACAUCCUUCGUGACAGCUGGAAGCUGGCGCAGCAUAUUGUGGAUGACUUUUGGCGUAGAUGGGUACGGGAGUAUCUCCCAAUGUUGACACGACGCACGAAGUGGUUCGAAGCCGUGAAGCCGAUGAAACCUGGCGAUCUGGUCGUGAUAGUCGACGAAAACACGAGGAAUAGCUGGGAGCGAGGACGCGUACUGGAAACCUUUCCAGACAAAUCUGGGCAGGUGAGACGGGCUACCGUUCAGACAGCUAGAGGAGUCUUCGCCAGACCUGCGGUUAAAUUAGCGGUUUUAGAUGUAGAAGGUAACUACAAGAAGUCGGACGUAUAUGAUUCGGGAACGGAAAUGGUUCACGGGGCGGGGGAUGUCGCCGAUACCCCUCGUUGCGGCGAAAAGGUGGUGAACCGAUUAGCCGAACCCUCACGAGCGAAACGACAUUGUCGGGCGAAGUGA